CUUUUCUCACCUCAUGUAUUCGUCCAUGAGUCUCCAGCAAUAAACCAGUUUGAAGUUUUUCUUGAGAAACAUUCUGUUGCGUUGGAUAAGCGUUCAUUACCGAUUUUCGCUUUUUGAGGGCCUGAAGUUGGCCAUAUAGGAAUGAAUGCUGCCAUUAAGGAAGAAUGUUGAGUAUUUUGGCGCCUCAGAAAGCCAGAGCGGUCACUCUAGUUCGACAGAAAACACUGACAACUCGAACGACAAGAAGAGGAAAUUGAGUAGAAGCGCUGGCGUGAAAAACGGGGCCAGAAAUUUGGACCACUUGCAAAGUGAACUUAGCUAUCCUCCGUCCAAAAGGAAUAGAACUGAACUUGGUGAAGAAAGGGAGGAAGGGGUUCCCCCGUCAAUGGCAGAUUCAGGAAAAAGAGCGAACUUCUCAAAGUAUGGCAAUCAUUUCCAUGAGCGCUCGCCUAUGGCCAGCUCCACGUCUAAGCCAGGCCAAGCCAAAAAACUCGUUAUAAAGAACUUCAAAGCUAAGCCAGACCUACCUGAUAACUACAAGGAGGCAACAUGGCUAAAGCUGAAGGAGGCUGUGUGUGCCAUCCACCACAAGACAUCCAUACAGUACAGUCUGGAGGAACUGUACAAGGCAGUGGAGAACAUGUGCUCACAUAAGAUGGCAGCAACACUGUACAGCCAGCUGAAGGCAGAAUGUGAACAGCAUGUCAAGUCAAAUCUAGUGCAGUUCACUGGAGAUUCAAUGGACAGUGUUCUGUACCUGGGCAAACUGAAACAAUGCUGGGAGGGGCACUGUAGGCAAAUGAUCAUGAUUAGAAGUAUAUUCCUGUAUUUGGACAGAACAUAUGUUCUUCAGAACACAUCCAUCCUCUCGUUAUGGGACAUGGGACUGCAUCUUUUUAGAAGUCAUAUUAUGGUCAACCCUAUUGUACAGAGGAGAACAGUUGAUGGCUUGCUGCAGAUGAUUGAGAAAGAAAGACAUGGUGAAGCAGUAGACAGAUCAUUAUUGAAAAGCCUUCUCAGAAUGCUGGCAGACAUUCAGAUGUAUGAAGAUGCGUUUGAGUCCAAGUUUCUAGAAGCCACAGAUGUUCUUUAUUCACAAGAGGGAAAUAGAUACAUGCAGGAGACAGACGUGCCAAAGUACUUAGCUCAUGUUGACAAAAGACUCAAAGAAGAAAUGGACAGACUUAUUCAUUACCUAGAUCAAUCAACCAGGAAACCAUUGAUUCUUUGUGUUGAAAAGCAGCUCCUUGGUCAGCACUUGACCAGUAUAUUACAGAAAGGUUUUGACAACUUAAUGCUGAGUAACAGGAUAGCGGACCUCGCCCUGAUGUACCAGCUAUUUGGGCGGGUCAGAAAAGGCAUGGAGGAACUGUGUGCUGCUUUCAGUGGAUUUAUCAAGAAACAAGGCAUUAGCAUAGUUCUGAAUCCCGAGAAGGACAAGACAAUGGUGCAAGAACUCUUGGAUUUUAAAGAGCAGCUUGACACAAUGAUUGCUGAAGCAUUUAUGAAGAGUGAGAAAUUUGUCAAUGCCAUGAAGGAAUCUUUCGAGUCCUUCAUCAACAAAAGACCAAACAAACCAGCAGAAUUGAUAGCUAAAUUUGUAGACUCCAAAUUGCGAGCAGGAAAUAAGGAAGCAACUGAAGAAGAACUUGAGAGAUUACUGGAUAGAAUUAUGGUCAUCUUCAGAUUUAUUCACGGCAAGGACGUGUAUGAGGCUUUCUACAAGAAGGACCUUGCCAAACGACUGCUUGUUGGCAAAAGUGCUUCAGUAGAUGCUGAGAAGUCCAUGCUAUCCAAGCUAAAGCAAGAGUGUGGCGCUGCCUUCACAAGUAAACUUGAAGGCAUGUUUAAGGACAUGGAACUGUCUAAGGAUGUCAUGGUUCAAUUCAGACAGUACCUACAGCACCAGAGUCUCCCCUGGAAUAUGGAUAUGGUUGUUAGCAUUCUGACCAUGGGGUACUGGCCCACUUACCUGCCAAUGGAUGUCCAUCUUCCAACAGAGAUGGUCCACUACCAAGAGACAUUUAAGAAGUUUUAUCUUGCAAAGCACAGUGGACGCAAACUACAGUGGCAGAAUACACUGGGUCACUGUGUUGUGAAGGCAGACUUCAGUGAGGGUUCUGCCGGGGUUCAGGAGAAAAAAGAACUACAAGUAUCACUAUUCCAGACAUUAGUACUUCUCAUGUUCAACGAAGGCAAUGAGUACUCACUUGAGGACAUCAAACAGGCCACUGGAGUGGAGGACGGAGAGCUGCGAAGAACGUUACAGUCUCUGGCAUGUGGGAAAGCACGCGUGAUUAAAAAGAGACCUCAGAGUAAAGAUAUUGAAGAUGGGGAUGUAUUCACGUUUAACAAAGAAUUCAAGCACAAGUUGAUCAGGAUCAAGAUCAACCAAGUCCAGAUGAAAGAAACGCCCGAAGAAAACGUCAACACAACAGAGCGUGUAUUUCAGGACAGACAGUACCAGAUUGAUGCUGCUAUUGUGCGGAUCAUGAAGACGAGGAAGACUCUCAGCCACACCCUACUCGUCUCCGAGCUGUACACCCAGCUCAAAUUCCCCGUCAAGCCCACAGACCUCAAGAAGCGCAUCGAGAGUCUUAUCGAGCGUGACUACAUGGAACGUGACAAGGAGAUAGCCAAUCAGUACCACUAUGUUGCGUGACGUGACAAGGAGAUAGCAAGCCAAUCAGUGCCAAAAAGUCGCGUGACGUGACAAGAAAAUAGCCCAUCAGUGCCACCAUGUUGCUUGUCGUAACAAGGUGAUAGCCAAUCCUCUGGCUCUGGACUUUAGAGUUACCAACCUAGAGGUUUACGUCAUAUCCGGCAUGUGACGUCACAUCCGGCUUAAUAAUGACAUUUAAUGUUAUGAAUGCCAGCGCAUGACUUGGUCUUGUGACUAUAAGUUAUAUUACGUGUCUGUAGACAUUGUUUAACGUGUCCAAUGACCUCACCCUCUAGACAUUACUCUCGAAGCACGUGACUGUGGGCUCAUUCGAUCGUCUAUAAGCGUUGUUUUUAUAUGUGCCCAAAGGAUCAAGGGAAUCGUAAUAUUGCUGAUCAAAUGGCGGACUAUCAUGCGAUGCCUAAGGCAAAGUCACUAAACUGCUAUAUUUACUUAGAUCUUCUACAGGCUUCUACAGGCCUCCCCUCAUUCACCUUUCCUGCCCAGUCCUCCUCCACUUUCCUUGCCCAAAUACAUAUUGUUGAAUCGUCCAAACUUUUUUUAGCUGUUCUUUUUUAUUCUCUUGUUUCGUCUUGACCGUUUCUACACAAAAAGUAUUGGAAUAUUUGAUAAUUACAUAAGGGUUGCACUGAGGCGAUGCCUCUAGCUCCCUAGUCUGAAAGCCCUAUUGCCUAAAAAACCUAGCCUAAAUGCCCCCCCUAGUCUAAAAGCCCUCUUGCCUAAAUGACCUAGUCUAAAUGCCCCCUAGUCUAAAAAGCCCUCUUGUCUGAAAACCUUUCUUGCCUUAAAGACCCUCUAUCCUCAAAGCCCCCCCCCCCCCCCCCUCCUCCUAGUUUAACCUCCUCCGCCUUCUUCAUUAUGUUAGAGAAAUGUUUGACAUCAUUGGAAGUACUAUAGGGCAGGGAUAAUAGUAGCCCGCUGCAUCGUGUAGAUGCGAAGUACCAAUUUGAAGUAUAUAUAUAUAAGUAAUAAAGGUUUUUAGCAGAAGUAGA